AUGAAUUCGCACGGGAACUCAAGGUACUCGCGAUAUAUUAUCACAUGCUUUCUUCUGAAUGGAAUUUCUUUUUCAAUACAAGGAAAUGAAUCUUCACCGAAGACGACAAGUGCUAGUGUACUAGACGUAGCAGAAAAACUCGGAGCAACAACAUUCCUGGAUUUAGUUAAAAAAACUAACCUGACAAGGAAUUUUACUCAGAAAGGUCCAAUUACAGUAUUCAUUCCCUCUAACCAAGCGUUUAACGAGCUCCCAGAAGACGAGAGGAACAAUCUCAAAGACCCCUCUUACGCCAAACUUAUCCUACUCUACCACAUCGUACACGGAUACCACAAAAAAGCCAGCUUCCAAAAUGAGGUCACAUACAAAUCGGAAUCCAGGAUUGAGGGAGGGGAUGCGCUAUUACAAGUUCGUCUUAAUAUUUAUCAUGAGGGAGAGGUCAUUACAGCAUCCGGAAGUCCAAUGAUAAAGUUUGACAACGAGGCAACCAAUGGAAUUGUUCACCUUCUAUCACGUGUCAUGUACCUACCUCCCACUUUUGGUUCGAUUGCCCAGCUGACGUCCCUUCCGAUUACACGUUAUGUAAUGUACGGGCUUAUUGAUGGGGGCUUAGCAGAAAAAUUAAAUAGGAAGGAACCAUUUACUCUUUUUGCCCCUUCAGACUUGGCCUUUGAGUCACUACCAAAUAAGACUAUGAACAUUCUUAUUGGAAACAAAACGGCUAUUCGUCGUGUUAUGGAGAAUCAUAUCCUAUCCGGUACAUAUUUUACAAAGGGAAUGAGACAAAACGAUAGAUUUACAACGAUGCUAGGAGAAACUCUGACGGUCGAUUCCAUAAAAGGUAAUGUUACUGUGAGUGGUUCCCUCCUGAUACUUCCGGAUUUUACGGCCACUAAUGGAGUAGUACAUAUUGCCACCAAAGUCUUCCUACCCCCGGAUAUGUAUUGAUUUCG